UUGUUUCUCUCAUGGAGAUGGCACACUUGCCCCAACACCUGACCCCCAAACGCCUCCUACAUCUCCUCAAGUCGGAGAAGAAUCUCAGCUCCGCACUCAGCCUGUUCAACUCAGCGAGUAGCCACCCUAAUUACGCACACACCCCUGCCGUCUUCCACCACAUCCUCCGCCGCCUCUCCGCCUCCAAGGACCCCAAACUCCUCCCCAACAUCACCCGCAUCGUCGACCUCAUUCGCCUCCAGAAAUGCCCUUGCAACGAAGACACUGCGCUGGCUGUUUUGAAGAUUUAUUCCAGAAAUCAAAUGUUGGAGCGGGCUGUGGAGGUGUUCGAGAAAAUGAAGGAGGUUUUUGGCUGUGAGCCCGGGGUGAGGUCGUAUAAUAGUUUGAUGAAUGCGUUCGUGGCUUCGAAUCAAUUGAGCAAGGCGGAGUUGUUUUUGAGGAAUUUUAGGGUUAUGAGUGUAUCUCCAAAUUUGGAAACUUUUAACAUCUUGCUCAAAAUUGCUUGUAGAAAGAGGGAAUUCGACAAGGCGAGAGAGCUGAUCAAUGUUAUGUGGGAAAGGGAUUUGGUUCCUGAUGUUUAUAGUUAUGGCACUUUGAUCAAUGGGCUAGCGAAAAGUGGGGAUGUUCACGAGGCUCUGAAAGUGUUCGAUGAAAUGCUUGAAAGAGGUCUGAAGCCUGAUGUUAUGUGUUAUAACAUACUAAUUGAUGGGUUCUUGAAGAAAGGAGAUUACGACGCCUAUAAAGGGAUUUGGGAGAGAUUGACUAAGGAUUCCUGUGUUUAUCCAAGUGUUGUUACAUACAAUGUUUUGAUCAGUGGUUUGUGUAAGUGUGGGAGGUUCAGAGAGGGCGUGGAGCUGUGGGAAAGGAUGAGAAAGAAUGAGCGGAAAAUGGAUUUAUACACGUACAGUGCUUUGAUUCAUGGGAUGUGCGAGUCGGGGGAUAUUGAUGGGGCCGAGGGGGUAUAUAAGGAGAUGUCUGAGAGUAAGAUAACACCUGAUUCUGUUGUAUAUAAUGCAAUGCUGAGCGGCUAUUUUAAGGCUGGGAGAAUUAGUGACUGUGUCAAGUUGUGGGAGUUGAUGGGGAAGGAGGGUACUCGAAAUGUUGCUAGUUUUAAUAUAAUGAUGAAAGGACUAUUUGAUCAUGGUGACAUUGGUGAAGCUACUUCUAUAUGGGAGCUCAUGCAGGAGAGUGGUGUUGUUGCUGACUCCACGACUUACGGAAUUUUAGUCCACGGGCUUUGUGAGAACGAGUGCAGCAAUAAGAGUUUACAUUUCUUGAAGACGGCUGAGGAGAAAGGAGGCGUUCUAGAUGUUUUUGCUUAUUCAGCUAUGAUCAAUGGGUUAUGUAAAGAAGGAAAAAUGGAUGAAGCAGCUUCUGUGCUGAAUGGCAUGGUUAAAGGUGGCCAUACGCCAAAUGCUCAUGUUUACAAUGCUCUGAUCAAUGGCUUUGUAGGUGCUUCUAAGUUUGAGGACGCAAUUAGGUUGUAUCAUGAAAUGGGAAAUAAACAUUGUUCCCCUACUAUUGUUACCUACAAUACACUUAUAAACGGGUUGUGCAAGGCUGAAAGGUUCGGUGAAGCCCAUGACCUUGUGAGAGCAAUGCUGGAGAAAGGAUGGAAGCCAGGUGUUAUUACUAUUAGCAUAUUGAUGAAAGGUCUUUGUUUGGGACAUAAAGAAGAGAUGGCUCUUAAUAUGUGGAACCAAGCGAUUAGCAAAGGUCUCGAACCUGAUGUACAGAUGCAUAAUAUUUUGAUUCAUGGCCUCUGUGCUGCCGGCAAGACUCAACUUGCUCUGUCAUUAUACUUGGACAUGAAUCAUUUCAACUGUGCGCCGAAUCUUGUUACUCACAAUACUCUUAUGGAAGGUUUCUAUAAAGAGGGUGACCUAAGAAAUGCUGCUGUAAUCUGGGCUCGCAUAUUAAGAAAUGGUCUACAGCCAGAUGUUAUUUCUUAUAACAUCACACUUAAAGGUCUUUCUUCUUGCAAUAGAGUAUCGGGUGCCAUUUUGUUCUUACACAAUGCUUUGGCUAAUAAAAUUGUUCCAACUGUUAUCACAUGGAGUAUACUCGUCAGAGCUGUAAUCGGAAAAUGAUUUGGUUCUUGAAACGACUAUGAAUGCAGAUGGCAUGAUUGUUGAGCUUCAGUGAGGAACAGUGGAUGCAGGAUUAGAUAAUUUUCCCUAGCUUUAGGACUAAGAGAAGAGCAGAUUGCAGUAUUAAAGCAAGCUUUUUUGUGCUGACUUAAACUAGAAACCUGGGGAUUCUGGAAAUCUUAUUGAGUAGGAAUGUUAGAAUGAAUUCCCUUAGCAAAUUGCUACUUUCAUGUGUAAUUUCUUCUUCUUGUUGUUUGUUUUUUGUUUCUGUUAUUUCUUUCUUUCCCUUCAGCACAAGCUUUCUUAAUAGUAGAAGUUCAAAUGACAGCAUCGAUAAUAAUAUGUCUUCGGUGAACAUAAUUUUUGUAUCACGGAACUUGAGAUCGAUGCAACAGCAAGUUCAGCCUGAUAUAUCAGCCCCAGAUAGUAAUAUUUUAUUUGGAGUUAUGACUCAUGCUACAUUUGGGUGAGAAUUAUCAAUCAUGAUAUGUAUGGUUAAAGUAAACAAAAUAUAAGAUUUAGUGUUUCACCCUUCCUGUAAUCCUGUAUUCCUGUUAGCCCCUCAGCUAAAAACCUGGAGAUUCUGGAAAUUGUAUUGAGUAGGAAAGUUGGAAUAAAUUCCCUUAGCAAACUGCUAUUUUCAUGUGUAUUUUUGUCUUUCUUUCUCUUCAGCACAUUCAUUCUUAUAGGUAGAAGUUCAAUACACAGCAUCAAUAACAAUAUGGCUUCUUCGGUGAUCAUAAUUUUUGUAUCACGGAACUAUAGAUUGAUGCCACAGCAAGUUCAGCCUGAUCUAUCAGCCCCAAAUAGUGAGAUUUUAUUUGGAGUUAUAACUCAUGCUACAUUUGGGUGGGAAUUACAAUAUGUAUGGUUAAAGUAUAACAAGUACUAUAAGAUUUGAAGUUAAGACUCUUCGUGUUAGACCCUAAGCUCUCUGGUUGACGAAUUUAGGAAAACUGUAUUCACAAAAUCCAUGUCAUAAAGAGUCACCAAUGCUACAGCCUACAUGUGAGGGGAUGUCUACAUUCUUCUGAGAUAUUACAAAAAGAAACAUUUCAUUCACUCUUCUCUUGUUCUGUGCUGUCUGUAUCUGAUAACAUACUCUUUUCGUAGAAGAAUUGAGUAAUCAAGCCCGCCAAAAUAACCCCGAGAAAUGCUACCUUCCUCCAGUCAGGUGAUGAAGAUACUGAGGCAUCAGCGAUUCCGAUCACUACCAACCCCAUCAGCGCAAGUUGACAGGGAAAGGAAGAAGAGAGUUAGUUCUUACAUACCCUGGCACCAGCUUCAUCCAAUUCUUUAAGGGCAUUUUCUCCAAUAAGGUCGAUUUCGGCAUUGGCUUCCUCAGCAAACUGGGUCAGAUACUCGGAUCUUUCGUCCAAGUAAUCGGUGAGACGAACCUUUUGGGUUUGAAGCAUUGCAAUCCUGACAAGGAGGUCCUGCUUGCGCUUGUCUCCUUCUGGUGGAAUUUCUUGAUCAGAAUCAUCUGAAUCUUUGGACUUGCAGAGGGAGAGGCUUGGCCUCCUCUUCCUCAAGGAAUCUCUUUCAGGGAAGGGACCAUGGUUGGGAGUGAAGGCAGUUUGGACUGCUUUUAGAGAAAUCAUAGUGUGUAUAUUGUUGGGUGGAGAGAGAGAGAGAUCAGGCAAAAUAUGCAUUGUGGGGAAUGUUUUGGACCUCCCAAUAUCUAUGCAUUAUCUGCUUUAAUUAUGGUAUUCAUAUAUACUGUUAAAAAGUGCAUCAAGGAAAAGAAGUCGUGCUGUGUUCUUUUGGGCCCA